UAAACAAAAAUAAUAUGUAUCUAUAAAUGAUAUACACUAUUAACACCAAAUGCAUAUUUUUACAUCUUGGAAAAUGCGACUAACAACCUAUCGUUUGAUACGCUUUGCUGUUUUGGUAUUUAGCACUACAGCACCUGUGAUUUACAUUGCAUUCAGAACCCUUGAAAAGCGGGAAAUUCCAAUUGUAUUAAAAGAAUUGAAACCGGCAGUUCAUCAUAUUGCAUUUCUCAAAGUACACAAAGCGGCUAGCACAACUUUACAGAAUAUGUUGUUUCGUUUUGGGACGGAGAGAAAUCUGACAUUUGUCAUUCCAUCUGUUGAUUCAAUAUUUCCAAAUGUAAUAAGUUUAUUAGAAACCGUUACAUCGAGCAACAUUCGGCCAAUACCGUUAUCAUCAACCCAUUUUGAUAUUUUAUGCUUACACGUUCUAUACAACAGGACCGCGUUUGGACAAAUUCUUCCAAAUGACACUGUUUACAUUGGAACACUUCGAGAUCCGUUUGAAUACUUUAUAUCAAUGAUGUUAUACUUUCCAAUCAUGUUUGAAAGAUUCAAUAUAUCUGGACCUAGAGCAAUAACAGAUUUUCUUGAAGAUCCAGAGAAACACGAUGUGACUAUAGCAAUUGAAGAAUACGCUUUGUACGGUUUUACUAAAAACAGAAUGGCAAUAGAUUAUGGUUUUCCAUUGGAACUUCUUUUGAAUUCCAGAUCUAGAAGAAACGACAUUCAAAGAUAUAUUGAGCAGCUUGACAAAGAAUUUGCAUUAGUUAUUAUAGUUGAACAUUUUGAUGAGUCUAUGAUUUUGUUAAAGCGUAUUUUGAGAUGGUCUACAAAGGAUAUAAUUUAUAUCAGAAAAAAUGCUAAUGCUAACAAAGAAAUCAAUAUUGGCGAGAAAGAUCGGACUAGAUACAAACAGUUAUCUGAUAUAGACUACAUGCUAUAUAGACAUUUUUACUUAAAACUUUGGCGCCAAAUCAAAAUGGAAUUACUGUUCCACGAAGAAGUGUUGUAUUUCAAAACUGUCAGAAAGGAAGUAGAAGACUUUUGUCAGAAUUUAGAUAAAAAGUCAGCAGUAUUGAAGCUUCCAUCGUCAGAAUGGAGCGAACAAUUCGAAGUAUCUCGAAACACAUGUGAUUCAUUAAUGAUUUCGGAAUUUGACUUUGUAACAAAAAUAAGAGAGAAACAAUAUCCAAGGUCGAAAGAAAUGUUUGCUCCGGUUAAUUAAACAAACAUACAUUCUGGUUACUAUUAAUUGUUUUGAAGUAAGUACAAUGAACAGGUGAAUCUUUUACGUGACAAAUCGAAAAAUUCAUUGUAACUGCAGAAUAAUUUUUUUUAAGGAAACAGUUGGUUUAUUGAAAGUGAAAUUAAUAGUUAAUUGUUAGAUUCAUAUUUUCUAGGGUUUUUUGCUUUGGUUUCAUAAUUAUCUCCUUUCCAUCUACAGGAUAAUUAUUUUUAAGGUAACGGUUGGUUAAUUCGAUGUGAAAUUAAUAGCUAAUUGUUAGAUGCAUAUUUUCUUCGGUUUUUUGCUUUGGUUUCAUAAUUAUCUCCUUUGCAUCUACAGGAUAAUUAUUUUUAAGGUAACAGUUGGUUAAAUAUAUGUCAUUCAAUGUUUUAAACUAAUGUCACAUGGUCAGAUACUUAUUGUCUUUGUGUUUUUGUUGUAUAAUUAUCUCGAAUCAAUAUUCAUCACAAAAAUUAAUACUCCAACUCGUAUGACAUCAACAUUAAGAACUAUCAUCGACCAUGUUUAUACAAAUCACUCUGAAAAUACAGAUGAAAAAGUCCCCAAAAAAGCCCUAAGUGUGGUAUAUCUAGUAUAUAAUACGAGAAAAAAUAAACCAAAAAUUGAUAACAAGCUUACGUCAUAAACACAUAAGAUAUCGAUGUUUUAAAAACGUUGAUGAAAACAACUUUUUGGAGGAUUUACAUAAAACAUAAUUAUACAAAUAGAAGAAAUAAGUGAUAUGCAAACUGCCACUGAUAUGCUGUAUCAUUUAUGUCUGUCAGUAAUUAACAAACGUUCUCCCAUUAAAGUGAAAAUAAUAAAACAUGUAUGCCAACCAGAUUGGCUUACUGAUGAGGUGAAAGAAGGUUAAAAAAAGAAAUGUGUACCAGAGCAAAGUGAACUGGAAUCACUUCCAUUAUUGGCACAAUAACUGUACAAAAUUAAUAGAAAAAUCCAAACAGUCCUAUUUCAAGCAGGCUAUUUAAAAUAACUAAAAACCUAAAGAACUUUGAGCUUUACUUAAAGAUGUAAAACCUAAAAUAUCUACCAUAACAAAAUAUGAUAAUAUACAAGAUAUAGUAGACAAUUUUUACACAUACUUUACAACAAUGAAGAAUAAAUAUAUUACAACUAAUGUAUCCUUUCAAGCACAUAAAUUAAAUAGAAAACAUUUCCACAGAUUUUGAAUUUAAGAUUUCAAAAUUAAUCCAAUACUUAGAAUACUACUAUAUCUAAAAUGUUUGAAAUUUUUUUUAUCUUUAUCUGUCAAAAUAUAAACUAUUACAUGAGGCACAAUCUGGAUUUAGAUCAAACCACUCAUGCCAAACAUUCCUUUCCAAAUUGACAUAUAACUUGUUUAGAUAUAUUGACGACGGUAAUGUUAUAUGAACAGUCUUUCAAGAUCUGAAAUAAAACAUUUGAUCUUGUUGAUCAUCUCAUUCUCUGCCAUAAAUUACAUUUACACGAAGUCUCAGAUCAUUCAGUGAUAUGGUUCAAGUCAUACCUCUCGAUUAGACCACAAAAAAUUUGCCCAGGUAAAACAGCAUCAAAUUCUGAUUAUAUUAAAUAUGAGGUUCCUCAAGGGUCAAUUUUAGGUCCCUUACUGUUCGUUUUAUUCAUAAAUUAUAUGACUUUAGCAGCAACAAAUUCAGUCGUUGACUUGUUUUCUGAUAUUACAAAUCUGCAUACCCAUGAUAUAAAUCAGGAAGAUAUGGAAAUAAAACUAAACCAUGAUGCCAUCACCAUAAAUAAUUGGUGUUUAAACAAAAAAAAUCGCAAUAAAUCCUUCACAGACAACUUCUUUGCUGAGUGGAACUAAUAAAAACGAGCUUUGGUAUUUGAUAAACUAAAAAUAUCAAUACAAAACUGCCCAAUAACAUCUGUUGAAACGCACAAACUUCUAGGUAUAUAAAUUGACAAAAAUGUAGACUGCAAAUUUCAGAUUGACCACGUAUGUAAAAGCAUUUAUGUUCUCGAAUUGCACUGUUAUCCAGAGUUACAAAAUAUCUAGAUAUAAGUAGUAGAAAAUUAUUUUAUAAUGCUUACACUCUGUCCAUAUUUGAUUUUUGUUACUCAAUUUUGGGAAAUAGUAAUGGAAGAUGAACUUAAACGAAUCUUAAAGAUUCUGAAACGAUCUGCAAGGAUUAUACUGGAUUCACCAAUACUAAUACCUACAGUAAAUUCAUAUGAAGAGCUUAAAUGAUUACAUUUCGAAUAUAUGAUUUCACAAAAAUUCUCAAUGAUAAGGUACCUAAUUACAUUAAAGAACUAUGUUGUCCAAUUACAAACCUACACAGCAGAAAUUUAAGAUCUUUUGCAAAUAAUAUUCUAGCUGUAGUGAGGCCUCACACAUUUCAAUGAAAAAAUGAGUCAUGUAUUGCUCCUCAAUAUUUUGGAAUAAACUACUAAAUGAAAUAAAACUAUGUGAAAAUAUUUGUACUUUGAUCAAAGAAAAUGUGUAGAUUUUUUAACUGUUAAUGAUAAGUAACAACUGUCUCAUGUCUUUUUAAUGUUUGUUUAUUAUGUAUAUUUUUGUUUGUUUUGUUCUACAGACAAUCAUUCAGCUAGCAUGAUAAUUUAAUAAUGUGUUCAAAAAUUGUAUUCUUUGUGAUACUUGU